GAUGCCCACAGAUUGACAGCGGAGGAGCGGAACCAAGCAAUACUUGAUCUUACUGCAGCUGGAUGGGCGGAAUUAAGCACAAGGAAUGCCAUCUACAAAGAGUUCUCAUUCAAAAAUUUUAAUCAGGCGUUUGGCUUCAUGUCCCGAGUUGCCCUACAAGCAGAGAAGAUGAAUCAUCACCCAGAAUGGUUCAAUGUGUACAAUAAGGUUCAGAUAACUCUCACCUCUCAUGACUGUGGUGAACUGACCAAAAGGGAUGUGAAACUGGCCCAGUUUAUUGAAAAAGCAGCUGCUUCUAUGUGACUUCUUCCAAAAUGCGUGUACAUUUAAUAUACAUUUUAGCUAAAGCAUAUUUUGAAGUCAAUUUA